ACAUCGGAAGGAACGUACAGCAUCUUCUCGCUCUCCUUCCUCCGUUCCCUCAUCUGCUGCAUCAUCUUCGAAGGCCAAGGUCUCUUCUCUCUCUCUCUCUCUCUGCGGCAGACGAUCAUUCUCGUAAUCGGAACAGAUCUCGUUUUUUCUUUAGUCUGUGGAGAGAGCAGUUCUAUUUUUAAAAGGGAUUACGAAGAAUAGAUAUCGUAAUAAAGAUCGGACUGUUCUCUUCUCUUGAAUUGUUUGGAGAAAAAAUUCUCGACGAGAUGCGCGGUUGUAAGAAUAAUCUGAGGAUAUCCCUUAGUGCUGCAGUUAUCAUUGCCUGCCUUCAAAGUGCUUUGGCAAGUGGUUGCAGCAGUGGAUUUAUCACUUUCGAACUGAUAACUGGCUACGUGUACACGUCUCCUGGAGACACCAUGGAACUGGCACCUGGAACACUGAAGUUGACGGAUUGUCUAUCCCUCUGCAAUGCGAACGCCACUUGCCAAGCUAUCAACUUCGAGACAGGGCUGUGCGUGUUGUUUAGCUCCAGUGCGAACCAGCGACCGAACGCUCUGACGCCUUCUCAAUUCCCCGUCUUCACCAUCUACGCGCACAAAGUUUGUCUCUUGGGACGCAAGAGAUGCGACCGAGACUGGAUGUUCGAACGUGUCAAUGGCUAUGAACUCCGAGACGUGGCCCGCAGCUCGGCCAUCGUCAUGUCUAGGGAAGCCUGCAUGGAGCUGUGUCUGAAUGAGAUACAGUUUCAGUGCCGAUCCGCCAAUUACAACAGAAUGACCGGAGAGUGCUUCCUAAGCGACAAGGACAGGACGUCGCUUAGUCUGACGUCCACCAACAGAUACUUCGGACAGUCCAGCGAAAGUGUUGACUACUUGGAGAGCAACUGCGUUGAUGAUCCCGUCCGUCUUUGUGAGUUCCGUAAGCUAAACGGCAAAAUACUGAAGACAGUGGAUGCCGUGUACCAGGAUGUCACCACUUUGGACGAAUGCAGACAAAAAUGCCUCAGCGUCAACUACCGAUGCCAGUCGUUCGACUACGGUGAUCCCAGCCAGCACGUUUGUAGACUGUCCCACCAUUCCGUUUCCACUCUCACUCACAUACAGGACCCUUACCUCGACAUCCCUGGAGUCACCACUUACGAGAUCUCAGCAUGCUAUAAUGUGACAAUCCAAUGCAAAGCAAGGGAAAUGAUCGCCAAAGUGAAGACAAGCAAAGUCUUUAACGGCAGGAUUUAUGCCAAGUCUCGACCCAAUUCUUGCGUAGCAGAUGUCGCCAAUAGUGUGGACUUUGAAAUCAAAAUGGCCUACCAUGACCUCAACUGUGAUGUCAAACAAGAGAACUUCGGCGAGUUUUCCAACGACAUCGUCAUCCAGCAUCACGAUAUGAUCGUCACCAAUCAAGAUCUGGGUCUCUCCGUCCACUGUCAGUACGACCUUUCUAACAGGAGUGUUUCACACGGAGUCCAGCUGGAAAUAAACGGGGAAGUGGAUGCUGCGGGCACCCAGUCUGCCACCGUGAGCUCCCCCAAUGUCACUAUGAUGAUUACUGACAGGUUGGGUAACGACAUCACAGCAGCACAAGUCGGCGAUGCCCUGGCGCUCCGAUUCGAAAUCAUCGACCCAAACAGUCCAUAUGAAAUAUUUGUUAGAGAACUAGUGGCCAUGGAUGGCAUUGAUAACAGUGAGAUCCUUCUAAUCGACAGUUUAGGUUGUCCCACGGAUGUUUCCAUCAUGGGUAGUCUGAGUAAAGCCGGAAAUUCUGGAAAGACUCUUCUCGCUCCCUUCGAAGCCUUCAAGUUCCCUACCUCAGACAUCGUCCAGUUCAAAGCUUUGGUCACUCCCUGCCUGCCAAACUGCGAGCCGGUUGACUGCAGCGUGAAGGCCCACGGCCAAACCCGAGACUUCUCUUCGAUGGGUCGCAGGAAGCGAAGAGGAACCGCCCCCUACGGCAUGGGCAACGUAGGAAGGGUGGCCGAGAAGGAUGAUGUGGUAGUCGUGCAGACGAUACAGAUCACAGAUAAAUUCGGAUUCGAGAAACAAGAUAAGAUGGCCCACAAGAGAGGACGGGACGACAUCUCUGAAGAGCUGAAGAAGGAGAGCACCUGCGUGAACCUAGUCGGCCUGAUCGUGGCCUCCUCCAUGUUCCUGGUGGCCCAGCUGCUGCUCAUCCUCGCAUGGGCCAUCCUCUGGCAGAGAAGAAGACGGAGCAAAUUGGACGACGACUCCACCACCCACAGCACGCGCUCCUUCGCAUCGCAGUACUUCAUGAACAGGAGACACUGA